GAAUAUCAGUGGUCUCCGUUAGAAGAAAAACAGACUUGAACCAAGUUGAACCAUAUCAUGUCGCGAUUCGCAGUGUUAGCAUUGACGAUAAUUGCUGCUGUCUUUAUUUGUCAGACAGCGGGUCAAGAUCAUCCACAAUGUCCACCGAAUGAAAUUUGGUCAUUCUGUGCUAGAGCUUGCGAGGCAACUUGUGCUAAUCCCAUAGAAUGCUUACCCCUAUGCGUAGAAGGAAGUCCUGGUGGCUGUCGUUGCAGGUCGGGAUACGUGAGAAAUCCGAAGAACGAUCAGUGUGUAUAUCAACAGGAUUGUUGAAGACUGCAACUCCAAUAAUACGUGCGAUAGGGAUGUUUAUAUAGAAACUUGCCACCAUAUACGCCACCCAUAGAUUUAUUAGGUAACGCGUGUAAGACCUAUUAAAACUUUCCAAUGUAACACUAACAAUGCAAUAAUAAAAGGAAUUUCAAGUAUGAA